AUGAUGACGCUGCUUAUUGAUGGUGGUGGUGGUGAUAGUAUUAGUCGGAUAUCAACGUUGCCUACCACUCGUAUAUUGGUGCAGGACCAGGUAUCGAUGUUGCUAAGCCUGGCGUUACUUGCUUCGUCAGAAGCCUUCUUCUUAAAAUGGGGAUCCGAUUCAGGAAGCCAGCAGUCCCAAAAGUGGAUACAGCCUCUACCACCAAACAUAUCGCCGUCAUACAGAUACCAAUAUAUCUAUCCCUACGAGUCUCGCAAGGUCUACCAACCCCAGCAGUACGUGCAACCCGAGAUGCUGCAACAGAAUUUAGCCCCAAUACCUAUUAGUGUGCCAGCUGGGGCCAGUUUGACUCCAGUGUCUCUUCAGCAAGUACAGCUAGUUCCCUGCAUGUGCCCCGUAGCGCCGGAGGAAGCUGAAAAGCUCCAAGAGCAAGUUGGCCCGGGGCCAUACGUCGCUCAGACCUACUCCCAAAACUAUGUACCGCAGCAGGUUUCCGGCGCGGACUCGGCAAAAACGCAAACAAAGCAAUAG